AUGCAUUACCUCACCAUCGCCUCCUUCCUCCUGAGCACCGCUCUCCUCACCUCCGCGGCCCCAACCCCCACCUCCGACGCCGACCUCGUCCCACGGGCCUGCUCAACCCUCUACCCCGACAUCGCCCGCGUCGAACAGGCUCGGCCCGUCGAAUCCUACCUCCCCGGCUUCAUCGUCGCCCAAGACGCCGGCGCGACCAACAUCAAAGACGCCUUUGCCGAGUUCACCGUUCCAACCCCGGCCUACGGCUGCCAGCUCGAAGUCUACUUCCCUGCCGGCUACCGCAUCAACACCUGGGGCUCGAACCAGGUCUACGUCUACAGCCUCGACGGCCCACUUUCGCGAAGCCCGAGGGGUAUUGACGUGUCGUGGGCUUAUGGCGCACCGAACAUCGUCAGCCAGGUCGGCACGGUGACGUUUGGGAGCAAGCCGAAUGAGCCGACGAAGGUGGUGAUCAAUAGCUUCCAGUGCAAGCCCAAGAUGGCGUUUAGGUUCAGCAUUGCGAGUGAGAACCAGGCGGGGUAUGUCGAAUUUGUGCAGAGUCAGGCGGCAGGGUUGAGGAUGACUUACAAUUGUUGA